GCUCUUUCUCACUCACAUUUUUUCUCUUCUAUUUUUUUCACAAUCCUCACCUCUCCCUCGUUUCCCCCCUUCUUCUCUCUCAGUUUUUCGCUUUUCACUCGCUCACUCACUCACUCUCUAACUCGAUUAGGGUUAGGGUUUUAUACAAUUUCCCCAAAUUAAUUUCUCUCCUGUUCUUUUCCCUCUUUGUAAUGCUUCUAAAUCCUCAGUUUUUCUCUCAGACUUGCCAAUGUACGGUCAUUCCCAUCCUAUGAACGUUCAUCAUCAGAUCACUGCCCCCACCGCCGAUGAAGAAGAUGGUGUUGCUGCUGACUCUAUCGAUCAUCACCACAUUCGUUAUGAAGACGGCAACGCAACUGGUGUCGUUGUAGAGGAUGUCUCUCACGAUUCCGUCUAUGUUCCUAGCAGUGGCGCUGGCUCCGAGCUCGUUGUUCAUAGAGGCGAUGUCUCCAGCCAACUCACAUUGACGUUUCGUGGUCAAGUUUAUGUGUUUGAUGCUGUUACUCCUGAUAAGGUUCAAGCGGUGUUAUUACUAUUGGGAGGAUGUGAACUAACUUCUGGUCCGCAUGGUCUGGAAGUAGCAUCUCAAAACCAAAGGGGUGCAGUGGUGGACUUUCCAGGACGUUGUACUCAACCCCAGAGAGCUGCCUCAUUACAUAGGUUCAGGCAGAAGAGGAAAGAGCGUUGCUUUGAUAAGAAAGUUAGAUAUAGCGUUCGUCAAGAGGUUGCACUCAGGAUGCAGCGCAAUAAGGGUCAGUUUACUUCUUCCAAGAAGUCAGAUGGACCAUGUGGUUGGGGUGGUGGUCAGGAUUCAGGACAAGAUGACAGCCAGCAAGAAACCUCGUGUACACAUUGUGGCAUUAGUUCAAAAUCAACCCCGAUGAUGCGGCGUGGUCCAUCAGGCCCAAGGUCACUUUGCAAUGCCUGUGGGCUUUUUUGGGCAAACAGGGGGACUUUGAGAGACCUGUCCAGGAAAACCCAGGAACAUUCUGUGACUCCAAUUGAACAGGGUGAAGCUGAAGCAAAUGACUCUGUCUCUGGUAAUGCCAUCCAUACACACAACAGUCUUGUUACUUAUUAAAUUGGUGAUGAUUUGCAGAGCGAUCAGUUUCCAAGUUGUCUUGUGAGAAUGGUCACAGCUGUUGGCAGUGGCACUGAUUCAAGUUGAAGGUUUUCUAGCAAUUUCUUUCAGCUUGUUUUCUGUAAUGUACAGAUAUUAUAGUGUCAUCAUCAAUACACGCGGUCAUCUCGUCCUUUGAUACUUUGCAUGAGAUUACCUCUUGAGAAUUUUAUGCCGGAUGUAUCACAUAAAGCUUCAUGAUUUAUCAUUGAUAAUUUUAUAUGCCAACCGCUUUUUAAUA